AGAAAGUAUCUCGUGCGCACGAGAAAGCAUUGGAUGCGUGCACGUGGUUUGAGGUGUGUUUUAAAAUGGCAGUUUAGGAGUUUAUGCGGCUCUAUUUCCAACAAAGACGUUCCCUCGCCCAUAAUCUCCCGUUGCUCAGCAGUUUUGAUACCUGUUAUUAAACAAAGAUGGCUGCAGUAGAUUUAUUCAUGUUCCUUCAAAUGCGGAAUAUACCUGAAAGUGUCAUCAACAAACUAAAAGAAGACAAGAUCGACACCAAUGUCAUAGGCAUUAUGACAGAUAAGGAGUUAAGCAAGUAUAUCGAAAGAUAUGGGGAUCGACUUGCGCUCAGAGCAUUUUGCCGUCAAAGAACUGUGACAAACGAAGAGUCGGGUGGAGCCGAGACAGUGAAGUCCUCCCUCAUGCAGAAAUUAAGAGACAGGUUAAGAACUCCUAAUACUGUACAAGGCACCGCUACUGGCCAAAAAAAUGCAGCCAAAAUCACCCGGCGGGUUGAAAUGGGAUAUGGCUCCACUUUGAGAGUGGAAUGUAUCACCAGGUUAGAACGAGAAAAGGAGGAGGAACACGGAAUCUGUCGGUCCAGAAAUCAGUGACUAUGGGUGAACUGUUGGAGACAGUUGGCAAAUGCUUGUUAUUUGCAAAUGGGCAUUCAUCAAAAGGACUGAUAGAAGACUUGGAGUUUGACAUUUGUGAUUACAGUCACAGUCCUGUGCCCCGUGAAGUCGCGGUGGGCCAGCUGUACGAACAGACUAAACUAAAAAUGCUACGCGUCUACACAGCCACCAAGUCUAACAACAUUCUACUUCUCUCUGAUGAAUCACCGGACAUGGAGCCAACACAGAAAACGCCGCUGAAGAGAAGAGAGACAAUCAGCCAGUCAAGAUCUGCAACUCCUGAGAUGGGUAACACAGGGCUCCUGCAUACACAACCUACUGAGGAUGUUGGCAGUCAUACUCAGCAGUCAACAAGAAGGCAUGGAUCUGAAGAUGACUGUUUAACGCCUGUGCCAAGUCAAGAUGCAGACCAGUUGUUAAGUGAUGUCUCAGAUUCCCCUCUUAAUCCUGCCAUUCAACAAUCUCUUGAGGACUCUGAAGUGAAGUUUGGACCCAUUGUUGGUGAUGAUAGUGAUUCUCAAGACACCACACUUCCCUGGAAUCCACAUGACUUGAGCAGCAUGCAGCAUUCCACAUUCAAUGAUGGUCCUGUAUCAUCAAGUUGUCUUCCAGCAUCACCAGAUCCAUUUGACAAAGAAAUCCUUAUUUUGAAAUUAAGACGAGUAAACAUAGUUGAUGAUGUCCUUAAUGUCUUCAUGGAUCCAAAAGUACUGAAUGCUCGUCUAAGAAUGGAGUUUACAAAUGAGAAAGCUAUGGACAGUGAUGGUGUGUCAAGAGAGGCGUACUCCGCAUUCUGGGACCACUUCUUGGACCAGUGUGAGGGGGAAGAUGAACGAGUACCCAGGCUACGACCAAACUAUUCUGAGAAGAAAUGGCAAGCGCUCGGAAGAGUGUGGUUGAAAGGAUACCUGAACCACAAAAUCCUACCAAUCAGACUGUCACCAGCCUUUGCUCUUGCCUGUUGUAAAGGAGUUAGCUCAGUGGAUGAAGAACUAUUAAUGAUGUCAUUUGCCAGAUUUCUUUCAGAAAAUGAGCGUGUGUCGCUUGAAAAAGCACUACAGGGUACCAUUGAUGAAAUUGUUGAGGAGGACUUACUUGAUGUCUUCUCCAGAAUGGGCUGACACUGCCUGCCCCCUAAAAACAAUUUACGGGCUGCUAUUUUAACAAUGGCCCACAAAGCUCUUCUUCAAGAGCCAAAGUUUAUAAUUGACUGUUUCCACUCCAGUGUUCAUAAUGCUAUGCCAACGCUCAUAACCACAGACAACAUAAUGGAGAUAUAUGAAUCUAAGAGGCCAACUAACAAGAAAGUGGCCCAGAUGAUAAAACCAUCACUUGAAAGCCUAAAUCCACAAGAGCAGACUGCUCUUAACCACCUGCUACGGUAUGUGAGAAGCAUCGACCAAAGAAAAUUGGAGAUUUUCUUACGCUUCUGCACAGGAUCUACUGUGCUGUGCAAAGACACAAUUGAAGUCAUUUUUAACACAUUGUGUGGUUUAAGUCGCAGGCCUGUAGCACACACAUGUGGAGCAGUUCUUGAGUUACCAUGCACUUACAUCACAUACCCUGAGUUUCGCAAAGAAUUUGAUAAUGUCUUGUCUGGUGACUGCUUCACAAUGGAUAUUGUGUAGUGAAUGGAAAGCACAUCUAUCUUCUACACUGAGUUUUGCAUUUGUCUGAUGCAAAACUGUUUCUACAGAUUUUCAUUUAUUGUUCUUAUUAAAACAGAGACCGUUUACAUUUUUUAAAUAGUUUUAUUUUCUUAUUUUUUCUGUAAAUUGUUAGUACAUUGAGAUUCAGUUUUUUUUCCACAAGACAGUUUAAUAAUUUUGAUAAGUCAGCAGGGUCUGUUCUCAUAGGUAAAUGUCCCUUUUUGUACAAUUAUUACAUUUUCAUGUGCAUCUUUUAUACAAUUGUUAUUCUGAAUAAUGUUCAGAAUUUAUGUCAUCAUUCAACAAACAAGUUCAUGUUCAAUGCAAGUACAAUACAUUUCUAAUGGUUGUUCAGUUCUGUUCAUUUCCUCUUUCAUGUCCUGCCUUGUUUCUCUUUGCAGUCAGUGUGCAUAUAGUGACAUAUCAAUCCUAUUUGCACCUCAGUUUUGCUGCAAAAUGUUCUUAAUGUUUGUGGCAUAGCACUGUUCAAGUGUAGUCAGUGUGGACAUGUUGUAGCUCUGAAUAAUCUGAAUAAAAAUCCAUCUCAAAUUA